GCAGUAGGAAGUGUGCUUUUUGGGUUGUCGCCAUGUCGCUGCCGCAGAUACAUGGAUGUAGCUGAGCGAGAUACAGGACGCUUUGGGUCCUCGCAUCAUGAUAGGAGUGUGAAUUCCGCUACAAGUAGACCACUCGACCUGAUCGCCAGCGAGCAUGCGGCCUUGAUCAUCUUGGUCAGCGCUAUUGUCGGUUACUAUGCUGUGAUGACGCUUCUGAUCCUGAUCUUUCGGCGCAUCAGGGGGGUCAAGCACACCGCACUGGUGAUUACCACGCGGCAGCGGUUGCUGAUCUUCCUGAACCGGCUUCAGAUCUUGGAGCGCAUCGACGUCAUGCAGACACUUUUGUCGCUGGUGCUUUGUGGUAUCUACGUGAGACCUACGGUAUCACUCAGCACUGGUUCGAGAUGCUGGAGAGUGUGAUCAAUGUCCUGUUUUUGGCUGACUACAUCUUCCAGUUCUACGUUUCCCGGAAUAAGCUCGAGUUUCUGUACUCCCUGAUGGCCUUUGUGGAUGUGGUCACGCUGAUGCCUGUGCUGAUCUUCAGACAGCUGUUCGGCAUGGACAACGACACCUCCGUGGUGCUGCGGGUGGUGCGUGUCACGAAGCUCUUCCGCAUCCUCCGCUCCUUCCGGUUCCUGCGAAAUCGCCCGGAGGACGUCACCCGCGAGGUGUCCAUGAUGUUCUUCGGUCUGUUCUGCUUGGUCUUCACCGCCUCGGGCUUUUACCAGCUCAUCGAGAACGAUAUGCGGGUCGUGCCCAACGAGCCGGCGAGCGUGCCGUUCCACGAGGCCUUCUACUUCAACGCCAUCGAGAUCUUAGGCCGGCCGCGUAUUGAACCUGCCACGACUGGGGGCCACUUGCUGCUGAUUGUGGUGGUGACUGCUGCGUUCAUUAUCAUCCCCUGGCAAGCGGCUUCCAUUUUGAAGGCGCUGCAGAGAGAUCCCUACGCCAUGCGGACCACGUACCAUCGCAUGAGCGAUUCCCACAUCGUCAUCAUGGGCCACAUCGAGUUUCCGGUGCUCAAUCUUUUGCUCUACGAGGCCUACCAUCCAGAUCGAGGUCCUGUGCGGCCCUGCGACGUUGUCAUCCUCUCACCAGCCGCUCCAGACCACCAGAUCUUGGACCUGCUGGGCCACCCAGCCUACACCGGGCACGUGCAGUACAUUCAGGGCUCCCCGCAGACGGAGAAGGACCUGGCGCGGGCGAAGCUGCACGAGGCCAUGGCGGUGCUGGUGCUCGCCUGCAAGUAUCCGACAGAUGUGGAGUGGCAGGACACUCAGGUGGCGUCCAUCGUCCUAUCCUGCAAGGCCUUCAAGAAUGCGCAGCUGCAUAGAACCCGGGCCUUUGAGGGGCGUCGGCGGCUGCGAGUACUCGCGCAGGUCUUGACCCCGGAGACGAGGGACCGGAUCGUGUGCAUGCCCGGCUGGGACAAAUUCCAUGACCUUUGCCUGGUCAUCGGUGAGCUCACGGCCGCCAUGCUGGCGGGCUCGGCGAUGCACCGGGGCCUGGCCACCAUGGUGCUGAACCUGGUGAGCCACACCACCAGCCACGACUACGACACCAAGACGGAGCGUUGGUUCGACCUUUAUCACCGGGGCUCUCGACAAGAGAUCUACCACUGCAGCGUGCACAGGCACAGCGGGAUUUGUGGCCAAACCAUCGUGGAGGCGGCCUAUCACCUCUACGAGCACCACGGCAUCCUGCUGAUCGCGGUGAAGCGGACGAUUUCUGACGGCUCUGGCACCCCGAGCUCCACCAUGAGCCGCCAGCGCCGGAGCCGCUUGCUGCUGUUCCCGGGCUCGGAGGAGACCUAUCUGCAGGAGGGUGACCGCGUUUUUGUCAUCGCCAGCUCCUUGCCGGAGGCGGUGAUCGCUGUGAAGCGCUCGCGCGCAACCUCCAAGCCUGUCUUGAACCGCACGCGGGAGUCCACCAUGUCCCAGGUGAACGGCUCCUCCCCCAAGACCAACCUGGUGCGCAAGGGGCACGGGGACCAGCACACCUGGGAGGAAGACAGCCAGCCAGACUUCUUCACUCGCCUCAAGGAGAACUCCAACCGUUGGCGGGACCUGCAGCCCCUCAGUUGUGCUGCGACUCGCUUGCGCAAGAUCUGGUACAAGCUGUGUCUCGGUGCCCUUGACCCGGCAGACGAUGACAUUGGCAGCUUUGGCCCGGGGGACUUCGCCCAGGCGCAGCCCAACUUGAACCUCCGGGGGCUCGAGAUGAUCCAGAGUGAGGCCGUGUUUCCAAGCGAGCGGCCUGGCUUGCAUUCCGGCGGCCUUGCCCCGCGAGUGGACUCCUACAACUCGGAGCGCUCCAUGAGCACCGUCUGCCCUACGAUACCACAGCUUCCAGAUGAGAGGGAGCCAAGGCUGGAGCGCUUGACCGAGAUGCUGCAGGAGUAUUGCGGCGACGUGGCGGCGCUGCAGGCGGACCUGCGGCAGCUGGGCCUGCGAGCGGAGCUGCGGCUGGAUGAGGAGGCCGAGCUCAGGGAACCGCGAAGGAUGCUGACGGUGCCACUGUGCCGACGCAAUCUGACGAUGAAAACCACCGAUCACCUCGUCGAGCUCUUCGAUCAUGUGGUGGUCUAUGGGGGUGAUCCAACGAGCAUCGCCUUCACCGUGCGGAUGAUCCAGCUGCGGGAUCCGGAGGCCCAGGCGGUGGUGCUGAACAUGACGCUGCCCGAGAAGCGGCAGACCUGGCAGGGCGUGAACCUGGAGAAGGUGCACUUCGCCAAGGAGUCUUUGCACCUUGCGGAGCACCAGAAGGAUAUCCGGGGAACGUAUUUUGAGCACGCCAAGGCCGUGGUCAUUUUGCCCCUCGUCGACAAGGACAUGUCUAAGGCUCCUCUGCACGGCUGGGAGCUCCGCCGCAUGGUGGACUCGGACACCAUCUUGACCACCAACGUCAUCGCCACGCGGAAGUGGACCGCCGAGAGCUUCCAAGACGUGUGGACGGUCACCCAGCUCUUCCAGGAGGGCUCGCUGAACCGCUUCUUCGGCAUGAACCCGGAGGCGCAGGGCGCCACCAGCCUCUUCGAGGACCGGUGGAUGGCCUCCGCGCCGCUGAACAUGUCGCCCCUCUUCGCGGCGGGGCAUGUCAUCGCCACCACCACGGUGGAUCGCUUCCUGAUGGAUGAAAGCUUCUUCAACCCCGACGCCAUGAUCAUCGUCGAACGGCUGUUUGGUUUGGCUGGGUUGACGGUGGGGAGCAAGGCGCGGGGUGGCUUGGGCUCCCAGAGCAACGCCAAGCACCCGUGCGUCUUUCAGAUCCCCGCGAAGGUGAAGAUGCUGCAGGCAUGCAGGACCUUCAGGGAGGCGGCCAACCAACUGCUGGCGGAUGCGGAGCCGGUGCUGCCUUUGGGCAUCUUCCGGUAUCCCAAGGGCAAUCGCUCCUCCUACUCCAUGCUGGUUAGCCUGGAGGCAGCGCAGGAGCUGGACUUCCGGUGCCCGCAGUUCGGGGCCUGCGACGACCUAGGCGACCUGGGCAUGUCCAACCGCUUGCCCUUCGUGGUGACCAACCCGCCCAAGGACUUGGUCCUCUUGCCCACGGACCUCCUCUUCGUGCUGGGCCGGCCCCGGCACUUCGCGGAAGCUCCGGAGCCCGCUGCGCCCCAUGGACCGGGCAAGGAGAUGUCGCCCUCGGACAGCCGCGAGGAGACUUGACCACGGAAAGACUGUGAUGCGGGCCUGGCUGAGACAGAGACCCUGCAAAGGAACUUGUGACUUGC